AUGAGCACGAUCAACGUCGGCGGGGACGAGAUCCCCAAAGUGACCGCGUCGCUACUUCCCAUGCAUUUGCAGUAUAGCGGUCCGGCUAAAACGGCCGAGUACUUUACGCCUUCACAUGCAACGGAGACUCAACACGAUGGCACUCAAGUCAAGACGGCUUAUUUUCGAGGAUGUAGGCUCGUGGCCAAGGAAGUCGAUCUCAAGCAGUGUGAAAUGCAGGGUUUUAUUGUUAAUGGCACCGAGGUUUUGGUAAGGGAAGCAAAUGAACACCAAGAGAAGGAGGAAGAGGCUGGGGAAGAGGUCAUCAAAAGUGUAAAGACGUUCGCUCCGACUGCCACGUUUGACAAGUUGGUCUUGUUUGGCCACGACGAAGAAGUCGAGCUGAGUGAUCAGUGGCGGAUGAUUCCCGAGUUUUUGGAGGUCAGUAAGGUGGUCCACGGUUGA